AGUUUUGAUUACUAUAAAUGGCAGCUAAAGCGCUUGGGAAAGCACAUCUUCAAGAUGAUGUCUUUCAUGAUAAUUCUUGGGAUGGUGGCUGCAACUGCAGUUGCCAUGCCCACAAAUGUGCCUGAUUGUUCUGGUGAGGGCAGGUUCCCCAACCCAAAUACGUGUGGUGGAUUCUACGACUGCAUACAAGAUGACAAUGGGGGCUAUGAAUUAUCUUUUGAUGACUGUAAUGGAUUCGUCUUCAACACUACCUCCAGGACGUGCAGCAGUGAGAUGUGUCUUUCAAGGAGUGAGCGGAGUGUGACUAAUGCAUAUCCCAGGUACUCUUACUUGUGUGAAGGUCAGCCUGAUGACUUUGUGUGCGCCGACUGCAGAACCAUGGUCAUGUGUGUGAAAGGUCAGGCCUUUGCCCGCCAGUGCAUCAGUGGGAGGUCUUGUAGUAUCAAGGCAGCCUUUGGGGGUGCAGUGUGCUACCCAGGUCAUCCUGCUGCAUGCACCUGCCAGAGCGCGGACUCGUUUGUCCGCGAUCUGUAUGACCCACAGAAGUUCUUCAGCUGCUCUGGCAUCGGAGUACUCCCCGAGAUCCACGUUUGCCCUGAUGGCAUGGUGUUUGACGAGACCCUUGUGCAGUGUCGCAACCAAGCCAGUCUUCCAGCUUGCAGACGGCCUGGUGUCUUUGCAAACCUUGAUGACUGCUCUGAAUAUUACUCGUGCAUCUCGCUUCAAUCUGGGUGGCUGCAGAGGCUGUUCAUGUGCCCAAAUGGAACCUUGUUCAACGAGGCAACGGGAGCUUGUGAAGAUCCUUGCAAGCGGACAAUGGUGUGCUAUGAGGAAGGCAGGUUCCCAGAUCCCCUCGACCGCCGUAGCUACUACGAAUGCCUGAUUAUUGUGGGCUGAUGAAGCG